AUGACAAUGCUGUUAACUGUUAAGUCUGAUGAAGAAAGUAGUGAUAGUUCAUUUGUAGAAAGUGACUGUGACUUAACAGAUGAUGAUGAGUUGUUUGACAAAAAUGUUGAUGUUCAUGGUGAAGUAGGUAUAGGAACUAAAACAUCAAAAAUAAUUGAUAAUGCUUCUAGAGGUAGAAUUGAUGAUGAUUCAGAAACUGACUAUAAAUUGUCAGAUGAGUUACGCAAUGUGGAUGGCAGUUCUAAGGAUGAUAGUAUGAUGCGAAAGAGAUUUUCUGAGUUUAGAGCUGAAACUAAUAUGCAAAAUCCACAAUUUGAGGUUGGGAUGCUAUUUACUUCUAUGGCUGAAUUCAGGCAGGCUGUGAGGGAGUACAGCAUCAAGAAUAGGUACAUUUUGAGGAUGGUGAAGAAUGAAAAGGAUAAAGUUAGAGCAAUUUGUAAGGAAGGAUGUCCAUGGCUCAUUUAUGCUUCAUGGAUUACUGAUAAAAAGACUACACAAGUCAAGAGGUAUGACUCCAAGCAUACAUGUAAGAAGGACUUCAAAAACAUAUAUGUUACUUCUUCAUGGCUUGCAAAAAAAUACCUAGACAGAUUUAGGAUUGACCCUAAGUUGUCAUUGACAGUAUUUGGAGAAACUGUGACAACAGACCUUCAUGCAACCAUAGCGAGGACAAAGUUGUACAGGGCAAAAAGAAAGGCCCUGAGAUUGUUUGAGGGUAAUGAAGUGGAGCAAUAUGCCAAACUAUGGGAUUAUGCUGCAAAGUUUAAGAAGAGUGAUUCUGGCUCAACUUUGUUAAUUAGAUGCAACAAUAUAGUAUUUAAGAUACUAUACGUUUGCCUAGAUGCAUGCAAGAGGAGAUUUUUUUGA